AUGAAGAGCCUAGAGAUAAUCGUGCACUUGCAGUCUGUGUGGACAGACGGACGUCUGCAGGUAGCAUCCCUGGCCCCAAACCAGAGCGUUGCGCUUCCGGAAGUGCUACUGGGGCGGAUGUGGACGCCGGAUGUGUACCUGGAACCCGAGUGGAAUAGCGCGGGAGUUGAUGAGAAAAGAGGUGUCCGAAUGUUCGCUUCCGGCGUUAUGGGCGAGAGUAGGAGGAUGAAGGCGACGGUACCAUGUGAGGUUUGCCAUGCCUGUCUGGACAAGGAGUGGUCCGUAAUUGUAAUGUGUAAUUACUAUCAUAGUACAUCUGUUUUUGCAUUUCUGCAUCUGAACAGGAUGAAGGCGACGGUACCAUGUGAGGUUAGCCAUGUUUGGCUGGCCGAGGAGAGGUCUAUCUGCACCACCAGGCUGACUUCCUAUUCGCACCACGAUGAGGAAUUAGAACUGUACUGGUUGCUGGAUGAGCCCCUGCAGCUUAAGUUCAGCGCCGUGGAUACCGGCUCCCAGCUCUACCGGGCCGUCCACUCCCGUUGUGAAUGGGAGAUGAUUGAUGGUCAUCCGUCAUCAUGUUUGGAGGUUCAGUUUCACAUUACUCGGAAGUUCAAGUCGAUCUUGUUCCGUGUGUACCUACCAAGCUUUCUGGCGGUCAUGAUGGCAUGGGCAAGCUUCUGGAUUCACCGUGACGAGGCGUCCGCGCGCAUCAAGCUUGGGACGCUUGUCAGCUGGGUGGUUGUCACAGAGUACAUGUCCAUCGAGUAUGCCUUCCCGCGGUACCUUGACUACCCGGCAGGAAACGUGUGGAUGAUUGGCUGUGUCGUGUUCACCUGGUUGUCCUUUAUCCUAUACGUGGCGAUCCACGUGGUCCGCCGGAAGGAGAAGACGGCCGCGCGCCACGAGGAUGAACGUGAGAAGGCGAAGGACAAGUACCAUAAACGGACCGGGGAGCGCCUUCAGACGGCCAUGUUGACAAACGAGGACUAA